GUUCAGACAUCGGAGAAUGAAAUCAUAACAAACAUGGCGGACGCGGAAGAGGAAUUCUCGGCAGAUGGGGUUCAAAAGUUCUUGGUAGCAAAUGGUGGGAAGGCUACAAAUGUGGAAGUUGUUGGCCACUUUGCGAAGUACUUAAAUGAUCCAGAAUUCAAAGUUCUGAAUAGACAGAAAUUCAAAGAUUUCAUCAAUGAAGUGGCAACAGUCAAGACAGAAAAGGGCGAAAAGCUCUUGGUCCUAAAGAAUGAAUACUUCUAUCGAGAAUGGAUAGAACCCAAACAUGUCAUCAUCCGGUCUGCACAGUCGCAAGCUCCCAAACCGUCAUGGCCGCCACCGGCUCCGGAACAACCCAUGGAGACAGAGACCCAACCUGUAGCACCCACCAGAAGAAAAAAGAAGUCACAUGAUCACAGUUCGGCUCAGAAUGGAUCGUCAGGGAGUGGAAGGAGUAGUCCAAAGCCCAAAGGAUCAGGUAGUCCUAGACCUACCAUUUCAGCACCUAUCUAUACGGGACCAGUUGACCAACAUUCUGUUGUUAGUACUAAAGCUGGAGAGAAGGUGAUAGAAGAACUGAGUCAGAUUGAAGGAGUUAAGGAUGCUCUGGAUAAAUUUGAGCAGGAGUCCCGGUUACAAGCCGCCAGUCCUCCUAGACAGUCUGCUGUCUCCCCUCCCCCGUCCUCAUCCACCACCACCAUCACUGCCACUGCCUCUUCUGCUCCUGAUGAUGAUCUUCCCAAGCCUGAGGCGGUACAUCCACCUCCGGUAGAAAUACAGGUUACUGAUGAAGAUAGGAAAGACGAGAAUCCUGUGGCCAUGGAGAUUACUGAGAAGACAGAACCUUCCAAGGAGCCGACACCCCCUCCUUCUUCCAUGCCUCUUGCUCCACCUGUCUCACAAGCAGUCUCAGAAAUGCAGAAACCAGAUGGUUCUCCUAGCGUUCAAAGGGCAAGAAAGCUUUUUGAGAGAGAAGCAGAAAAAGAAGCAGCCUCAGCGGCUCAACUAACCCCAAAGCUUGGGGGCAACCGCACACCCAAGUUAUCAAAGAAACUUGUUCAAAACGGUGUAUCUCCCGCUCAUCACCAUGAUGAAGAAGAACAUAACUUAGUCGGAUCAGAUUCGUCCAUCAGUGAUAGUAAUGAAGACCUAGCCCAUGAAGUCCAGCAGGAUUUAACCGAAUCCGUUUCAUCGGACACAUUACGAUCAAUAAAGUCCACAAGUAGUGGAAACUCGUAUCCAGACACACCAGCUAAGCUUGAACCUCUAGAAAGGCAAUGGAUGAUGGAGUCUGCCAAGGGCAACGUUCCCGCUCUCAUGGGGCUACUGGAACAAGAACCUGGGCUAGCAACAAAAAAGGUUUGUUCAUUCUAGAAAAAACAAAUCAGA